AUCUCUGUUUUCUUUUUUCAUUCUAAAUUUAUGUUUAGUCAUGUUGUUUAUUUUUCUAGUAUUCCUUCCUCUGCGUUUGCUUCCCUCCGUUCCCUUCAAAAUUCUGUAACAUUAGCCUGAAUUUUGAUCAUAUAUAAUAUAUAUGUGACUGACUUUGAGGAUUCCGGUUCCAAAUUUUCUAUUUUUGUUUUCCGUUUAUGAUUAAAUGGAAGAAGUGUUCUAGCAAUCAAAUAGUAUACCCAUUUUUUUUUUCAAAGAAAAAGAGUUUCUUUGUUUUUUUUUUUCUUCUCAUAAAGAUUAUUCUUUUGGCAGCGGAAGAUUAUUACUUUUCUUUCUGCUGUUUGAUUUUCAAUUUUUAUUUGAUUUUAAGAGUAACUCUUUUUGAAUUAUUUGGGUAGAGACACAUUCAUUGGUCGUCCCAACUCCAAACAUUGUGCAUAGGAAUAUUAAUAAAGAAAUUAUGAUAACCAGUGGAGCGAGUAGGAGUAAUUUCUUGAGUUUCUUAGCAGGAUCCACAACACAUACUUGGCAGCCCGUCAUGACUGCCGAUACUGCCACCAUAAGUUACUGGUUCAACUGGAGGUUCUCACUCUGUGCGCUAUUCAUCUUAACCUGUAUGGUUUUGGCAGCAAUUAUAAUUUGGAAAUUUGAAGGCCGGAAAAAAUCAGAACAUCAGGAGAGAGAAAAUUACAGGGAGACUCCAGGGCUUUUAUAUGAGGAUGAAGCUUGGAAUACAUGUCUCAAAAGCAUUCACCCUGCUUGGCUGCUUAGUUUUAGAGUGUUUGCUUUCUUCAUGCUUUUGGCAUUGCUUAUGGCCAAUGUUGUGAUUGAUGGAGGUGGCAUAUUUUACUUUUAUACUCAGUGGACAUUUACUUUGGUCACAAUCUACUUUGGGUUUGGAUCUGCAAUGUCCAUAUAUGGAUGUCGAAAACACUGGGGAAAAGUUGCUGGUGAUAGGGCUGAUUGUGUAAGUUUAGAUUCUGAGCAAGGCACCUACAUACCCCCCACUCUUGGAGAAACUGCAGAUGUAUCCCACCAGUCUAAACAUUUUGAUGCCAAUGCAGCACCUUAUCAUCCUCCCAGAGCAGGUGCAUGGAGUUAUGCCUUUCAAAUUAUUUAUCAGAUUUGCGCAGGUGCAGUAAUGCUCACUGAUUCAGUAUUUUGGCUUAUUCUUUUUCCAUUCCUAACAUCCGAAGAUUUUGGUCUGAAUUUUCUGAUUGUCUCUCUGCACUCAGUCAAUGCUGUUUUCCUCUUUGGUGACACAAUUUUGAAUUGCAUGCGGUUCCCUUUGUUUCGAAUUGCGUAUUUUGUUUUAUGGACGGGCACAUUUGUUGUUUUCCAAUGGAUCAUUCAUGCUUGUGUUAACCUUUGGUGGCCAUAUCCAUUUCUUGACUUGUCAUCUUCAUAUGCUCCCUUAUGGCAACUUGUGGUGAUUGUCUCAGUACUGAAGUUAACUCACUAGUUCCUGCCAACGUGCUCACCAUCUCUGUUUCCAUCUUGGACUAAAACAGGUCAUUCCCCGAGUCGUUUCGGAAAAGGGUGUAAAAAGAAGAGAUUGUUGAUGUUGAAAUUGAAGGUAAUGCAAGAUAUGGGGAGAUAUCGGAUUCAUGGUGGGUGGUUAUAUCAAUAUGUGAUUGAAUUGUAUGGUAACUAUUGUCCACAUGGUAAAUGCAGAAGAUUUUUAAUUCAAAUAUCCAAGGUUGUAUGACUUGCAUACUAUAUAUAGAAACUUAGUUGCCAAAACACAAAAUAAGCUUAUCUAAUUUAUUAAAUA